AUGAAAUUGCUGUCUUUCGCUGCCGCUGCCUUGUUGGCAACCCAGGCGGUUGGUGUCGCUAUCAAGGACCGCCUCAAUGGCUUCACCCUCAUAGAGCACCAUGAUCCGGUGCAGCGGGACCUAUUGCAGAAAUAUGUAACCUGGGAUGACAAAUCAGUCUUCGUCAAUGGCGAAAGGAUCAUGCUCUUCAGUGCGGAGGUCCAUGCAUUCCGGCUCCCGGUCAUAUCCCUCUGGCUGGACCUCCUCCAAAAAAUCAAGGCCUCCGGAUUCAAUUGCGUCUCUUUCUACGUCGACUGGGCCCUCCUGGAGGGAAAGCCCGGUGAUUACCGCGCGGAUGGAAUCUUUGCUCUUGAACCGUUCUUCGACGCGGCAAAGGAAGCUGGCGUCUACUUGAUUGCCCGCCCGGGUCCGUAUAUCAAUGCGGAGGUGUCGGGUGGUGGCUACCCUGGCUGGCUGCAGAGAGUCAAUGGCACGCUGCGGGCAAAUGACAAGGAGUUCUUGAAGGCUACGGAUAACUACAUUGCCAACGUCGCCUCCACGAUUGCCAAAGCGCAGAUUACGAACGGCGGACCCGUCAUCAUCUACCAGCCGGAGAACGAGUACACUGGGGCCGUUGACGGCGAAAAGUUCCCGGACCCGGACUAUUUCCAAUAUGUAAUUGACCAGGCUCGCAAGGCUGGCAUCGUGGUACCGAUGCUCAGCAACGAUGCAUCCGCUAGUGGGCACAAUGCCCCGGGCACUGGGAAAGGUGAGGUGGAUAUCUAUGGUCAUGACAGCUACCCGCUUGGAUUUGAUUGUGCGAAUCCGAAUGUGUGGCCCAAGGGUAAUCUCCCGACCGACUGGCGUGCGAUACACCUUGAACAAAGCCCGUCAACCCCAUAUUCUCUCGUCGAGUUUCAAGCCGGUGCUUUUGACCCGUGGGGAGGUCCGGGUUUCGAUAAAUGCGCGGCGCUCGUAAAUCAUGAAUUCGAGAGGGUGUUCUACAAAAACGACUUCAGCUUCGGGGUUGCCAUCCUCAAUCUGUACAUGACCUUCGGAGGAACCAACUGGGGCAAUCUUGGCCAUCCCGGUGGAUACACUUCGUACGACUAUGGAUCGCCGCUGACCGAGAGCCGCAACAUCACCCGUGAGAAAUACAGCGAGCUCAAGCUCAUUGGUAAUUUCGCCAAGGUAUCCCCGUCGUACCUUGUUGCGACACCAGGUAACUUGACCACGGGUGUUUAUGCGGAUACAGCCGACCUGGUCGUCACGCCGCUGAUCGGACAGAAGACGGGGUCGUUCUUCAUCGUCCGACACACCGAUUAUAGUAGCCAGGCGUCCACUCCCUACAAGCUUCGGCUCCCCACGAUUGCGGGCAAUCUGACUGUUCCCCAGCUCGGUGGGAAGCUGUCUCUGAAUGGCCGUGACUCCAAGAUUCACGUCGUGGACUACGAUGUGGCGGGGACAAACGUGCUGUACUCGACUGCGGAGGUUUUCACCUGGAAGAAGUUUGGCAAAGACAAGGUUCUUGUGCUGUACGGUGGGCCGGAUGAGCACCACGAGUUUGCGAUUGCUUCCAAAUCAGAAGCCACCGUUGUUGAAGGCUCCGAAUCUGGAAUCAAGUCGAAGAAGAUCAGGAAUACAGUCGUUGUUGCUUGGGAUGUCUCGUCGAGCCGACGCAUCGUCGAGGUUGGUGAUCUCAAGGUCGUUCUUCUCGACCGCAACUCGGCGUACAACUACUGGGUCCCUGAGCUUCCCUCCAAGGGGAAGUCACCCGGACUGGGCACCGGAGCCAAGACUGCUUCGUCCCUCAUUGUCAAGGCAGGCUAUCUCGUGCGGACGGCCCACCUACAGGGCGCCAACUUGCACCUGACCGCCGACUUCAACGCGACCACCCCAGUAGAAGUCAUCGGGGCACCAUCGCGCGCGAAGAAUCUGUUCAUCAACGGCAAGAAAGCCGCCCACAAGGUCGACAAGAACGGCAUCUGGAGCACCGAAGUCCAAUACAAGGCACCUAAAAUCAAGUUGCCCAGCCUCAAGGACCUCGACUGGAAGUAUCUCGACACGCUUCCCGAAAUCCAGUCAUCGUACGACGACUCCACCUGGACGGCGGCCAACUUGCGCCAGACGAAGAACUCAAUGCACCCACUCAAAACGCCAACCUCUCUCUACUCGUCGGACUACGGCUUCUACACCGGCUACCUGAUCUACCGCGGGCACUUCACAGCCGCGGAAACAACCCAGGCUGAAGACGCGACGUUCUUCGUGCGCACCCAGGGCGGCUCCGCCUUCGGCAGCGCAGUGUGGCUAGACAAGACAUUCGUAGGAUCAUGGACAGGCCUCAACGCCAACAAAGACUACAACUCCACCUACAAGCUCCCCCAACUGCAAAAGGGCAAGUCCUACGUCCUCACAGUAGUAAUCGACAACAUGGGCCUCGACGAAAACUGGGUCGUCGGCGAAGACGAGAUGAAGAACCCACGGGGCAUCCUCGACUACAAACUCUCAGGCCACGACGCCAGCGCCAUCAAAUGGAAACUCACCGGCAACCUCGGCGGCGAAGACUACGCCGACAAGACACGCGGGCCCCUCAACGAAGGCGGCCUCUUCGCCGAGCGCCAGGGGUUCCACCAGCCAAAGCCACCCAGCAAGGCCUGGCCAUCCAGCAGUCCACUGGAGGGACUCACGGACCCAGGAAUCGGGUUCUACAGCGCCUCCUUCGACCUGGACAUCCCGCAAGGCUGGGACGUGCCGCUUUACUUCCACUUCGGGAACAGCACCGAGGGCGAGCCGGCGUACCGCGUGCAGAUGUUCAUCAACGGGUACCAGUACGGCAAGUUCGUGAACAAUAUCGGUCCCCAGACGGCCUACCCCGUGCCGCAGGGGAUCCUGAACUACCAGGGCCGGAACUGGAUUGCGUUGAGCGUGUGGGCGCUAGAGAGCGGUGGGGCCAAGGUCGAGAGUCUCGAGUUGACGUAUACGACCCCUGUGUUGACCUCGUUGGAGGUGGAGGGGUCGGAGCAGCCGGUUUGGAAGAAGCGGAGGGCUUAUUAG